GACCAGCAGCAGGCCGGCACGGGCCCAGAGCCCUCCCAGCAACGGCAGGAGAGCGCCGCCCCCAGAGUGCGAUCCAGAGGGGGCUCGGGGGCCGGGGGAGGGAACGGCGGCUGCGGGGGCAACGGCAGCGGCCCCGAGCAGAACGGUCAGCCCCCCGCCCCGCGCCCGCCGCUCGUGGUGGACGCCGAGGAGGACGAGGACGAGGAGCUGACCCUGAAAUACGGCGCCAAGCACGUCAUCAUGCUCUUCGUUCCCGUGACGCUCUGCAUGGUGGUCGUCGUGGCAACCAUAAAGUCGGUCAGCUUCUACACCAAGAACGACGGCCAGAGACUGAUCUACACACCGUUCCCAGAAGACACAGACACGGUAGCACAGAGAGCAGUCAACUCCAUCCUGAACGCCACCAUCAUGAUCACCGUGAUCAUCGUCAUGACUCUGGUGCUGGUGCUGUUGUACAAGUAUCGCUGCUACAAGGUGAUCCAAGGCUGGCUCUUCCUCUCCUCCCUCCUCUUGCUCUUCUUCUUCUCCUACAUCUACCUCAAAGAGGUUUUCAAGACCUACAACGUGGCCAUGGAUUACUUCACCCUGGCGAUAAUCAUUUGGAAUUUCGGGGUGGUGGGAAUGAUGUGCAUUCACUGGAAGGGACCUCUGCGGCUCCAGCAGGCCUACCUCAUCAUGAUCAGCGCCCUGAUGGCGCUGGUCUUCAUCAAGUACCUGCCAGAGUGGACCGCCUGGCUCAUAUUAGCCGUCAUAUCUGUUUACGAUCUGCUGGCGGUGCUCUGUCCCAAAGGGCCCCUGAGGAUCCUCGUUGAGACGGCCCAGGAGAGAAAUGAACCCAUUUUCCCGGCUCUCAUCUACUCCUCUACCAUGGUGUGGCUUGUCAACAUGGCAGACACCGAACGGCCAAAGAGGAACUCCGCAGAGGCGGAUUUGCCUCAACCAGAGGCUCAAGAAGCAGCGGCGGCGGUGGCGUCCCCGGCGCCCUCGAGCCUGUCCCAGGACGACGGGGGCUUCACCUCGUCCUGGGUCAGCCAGCAGCAGCACCAGCUGGGGCCCCUGCAGACCACAGAGGACACCAGGCGGGAGAUCCAGCAGAUGCCCACCACCCGCCCCCCCGUGGAAGACGACGACGACGAGGAACGGGGCGUGAAGCUGGGGCUGGGAGACUUCAUCUUCUACAGCAUGCUGGUGGGGAAGGCCUCGGCCGCGGCCAGCGGCGACUGGAACACCACACUGGCCUGCUUCGUGGCCAUCCUCAUUGGCCUGUGUCUGACCCUGCUCCUCCUCGCCAUCUUCAAGAAGGCGCUGCCCGCGCUGCCCAUCUCCAUUUUUUUCGGCCUGGUCUUCUACUUCGCCACCGACAACCUGGUGCGGCCCUUCAUGGACAAGCUGGCACUGCACCAGUUCUACAUUUAG